AAAAUUAAUCUAUUUUGUGACUUUUGUCUGAUUAUCGGACGGGCGUAUUGAUGUGUUCAAGGAUAGUAGAUUCUUUCUAUUAGAUUUCCUUUGGUCUUUUUGUAUAAUCAUUGAUUAAAAAGUAUUCAGUUUUUAUAACUAAAAACAUAACAUUACUUAUAUUAAUAUUGCUGUACUGAAUAAAUAUUAGGUCGUUUUCGUUACUUGGUGUCAUUUUAUUUUGUUUCUAUCAUAAACACAUAAAGAUAACUUAAAAUUGUUGUGUUACUGAUGUGAAUAAUGUAUGAAUCAUCUUAUUCCAAAUAACAAAUAUUAUUUAUUAAGAUUUUUUGGUGAUAAGUUAUAAAAAUGGCUGAUCUUAUUCGAGCAAUGGGAGCGCCGAUAGGACCCCCUAUAAAGGAUAAGUUGGGUUCACCGUCGACGGAAUCUGAAGAUGGUGGUGUCGAUAUUGGAGAGUUAGCGGCGGAUUUAGAGUUAGAUGAAGCUGAUGGGCCAAGUACUAAUGGUGACAGACAAGCUGUGCUAGCACCACCAGAAACUGAAUGGUAUCAUGGCCGUUUGGAUAGAUACACUUCUGAAGAAAGACUAUGGGCAGCAGGGAAGCAUGGUAGUUACUUGGUUCGUGAAAGUGAUCGCAAACCAGGAUCAUAUGUGUUAAGCUACUUGGGUCGCACGGGAAUUAAUCAUUUCAGAAUAACCGCCGUAUGCGGUGAUUACUACAUCGGGGGACGUCAAUUCGACUCCUUGACCGAAUUAGUAGGCUUUUAUAGUCACUGCUCGGAUCUGCUAAAACGCGAGCGAUUGGUCGAACCCGUGCCUCCUCCUGAACCAGUUAAUGACAAAAAGCGUGUGGUGGCCAUUUUACCGUACACCAAAAUGCCCGACACGGACGAGUUGACCUUCCAGAAGGGCGACAUAUUCUUCGUACAUAACGACAUGGGCGACGGCUGGUUGUGGGUCACCGCACACAGAACGGGGGAGCAAGGAAUGAUCUUCAGAGAGUUAGUCGAGGAUCUGGACCCGUCUAUUGAUCCGAACACCGUGUUCUCUUGGUUCCAUCCCAACUGCACCAAGAGUGAGGCUGUCGAUAUGCUCGUGAAAGCAGGUCCUGGCAGUUUCCUCGUCAGACCCUCGGAUAAUUCUCCCGGAGAUUACUCCUUGUUCUUCCACAUCAACAAUCAAAUCCAAAGAUUCAGAAUUGAGAAGAAGGGUGUAAGGUAUCUUAUGGGUGGACGGACGUUCGAAUGUCUCGAUGCUGUCAUCAAUAGAUACAGGAAGGAGCAGAUUGUGGAAGGACAUACGCUAGGGCAGCCUUUGAUCGCCGAAGGUCAUAUAAUAGAGCCACAACAGAACGCGACUGGUGCUGCGGCUGAGAAAAUAUACGCGACGCUCAGGGAAUGCAGGGAUCAGAUAGGUCUCAAAAAGAUGAAAGGCAUCAAACAUCAGGGCUACCUGCACAAGAAGUCGGACAAGGGCGCUAAGAAAUGGAAGGCCCUAUACUUCGUUCUUUUACAAGAGGGGACCGAUACACAUCUCUACUUCUACGAUUCUCCGAAACGAACAAAACCGAAGGGAUUAAUCGAUCUAUCCUGUGCGUACCUGUAUCAGGUGCACGAGUCGCUGUGGGAGCGCGAGUUCUGCUUCCAGCUGGUGGAGCGCGCGCUGCCGUGCCUGUCCACGCACACGUUCCUGGCGGCCGCCGCCGCGCACGAGCUGCGCGCCUGGCUCGACGCCCUGCGCCCGCUGUGUGUGCCACAGCAGGCGCGCCACCACUGCAAGGUGGCGCGCGUGGUGUGGCUGCGCGCGCUGCGCGUGCGCUGCGUGACGGCGCACCGGCUGCCGGCCCGCCUGGCGCCGCGCCCGCACCUGCGGCUGGCGCUGGGCGCGGCGCCCGUGGCGCGCACGCGCGCGCGGCCCUCGCCCGACCCGCACUGGGACGACGAGUUCGUCUUCGAUGAUGUACCGCCAGAUGUAACUUCGUUUACGAUUACGGUACAUAAUACCGGAAAGAGAGGAAAAGAGUCUGAAGUUGCGGAAUUAACGAUAGAAUUAGCAAACUUAGCUAAUGGUGAAGAAAUCGAAGAAUGGUAUCCACUCGCAGGCAUGACUCCUAUUGGAGAGUGGGGUUCUCUAAGACUUCGAAUAAGAUAUAUGCAAGAGUUGGUAAUGCCUCGCGAGGAAUACAACCCACUUCGUCAAUUACUUUUGGAACCAGGUCUACCAGCAGUGAAGGCCCUGGCUGAUCUAUGCCGUACUGAUAGACAACCUCUGGCGACAUCCGUGCUGCACGCGUUCUCGGAGUGCGGGCGCGGCGCGGAGCUGGCGCGCGAGCUGGCCACGGCCGAGGUGUCCCGCGAGCCCGACCACCGCGCCCUGCUGCGCGCCGCCUCGCUCGCCACCGCCGUGCUCGACGAGUUCAUGCACGCGCUCUGCAAGCCCUUCCUGCAGGCAGCUAUAGCUGAAACGGUGCAAAAACUAAUCGACGCGAAACAGUCAGCUGAAUUGAACCCAACGAAAAUGGACUCACCUGACGAUGCUUGCAAUAAUGCAGAAUUCCUGCUAAUGAUUCUCGAUCAGAUCACACUGUCAAUAUUCACGUCUCCGGAAGCGUGUCCGCGACCAGUUCGUUAUUUGUGCGGUUGCCUGCAACGAUCCGCCGUCACCAAGUGGCCUAAUGAAAGAUUUGUACGCACCCGAGUUGUAUCAGCGUUUAUAUUCCUGCGCCUGAUCUGCCCGGCGCUGGUGGAGCCGCGCGCGUGGGGCCUGGUCUCCGCCGCGCCGCCGCCGCACGCGCAGCGCUCGCUGCUGAUGGUCGCCAAGUGUCUGCAAAACCUCGCCAACCUCAUCGAGUUUGGAGCUAAGGAACCUUAUAUGGAAGUUGUGAAUCCAUUCAUUUUGAAGAACAAGGAACGAAUGGUUGUGUUCUUAGACCAAUUGAGUUCCGUGCAAGAUCCUGGUAAUACUCCGUCGAACUCCAAUAACAACUUUGAUAUCGCUAAAGAGUUAGCAACUAUCCACCACAUUUGCGUCUCACAUUUAACAGAGCUCCAAAACUUGUCUAAGACUCAACCAGCAAUAAGGAAGUUGGUAACAGUGACUGAAAUGCUUACCAAGCAUAAGCAUAAGUAUCUCGAAAUGAUCAGAUAGGAUACGCCUUCGAAAAAAACAGGGUAAAACACUAAUGGGACAGCGAUAGCAUUAGGCGAUUCUCCGCGCAGGACUGAAUCUUAGUCGUACAUGUGUAGUCAUCCUUAGCUUUAGCUUUGUCUUAGUUUAUUCAUAUGAAUACACAGAACAUCGUAGCCUUCUCGUGCCAAACAUGUAUUCGUCGUUUACUAUUUUAAAUAUUAUUUUGUUUAUGACAAACAUUUAUUUUAUUGCCUAUUUAGAGUAUUUAAGGCGCAAAUGGACAAAAUAGCUCUCUAGUAUUUAGGUCGUAUUUAUUCUUAGCGAUUAUUAUACGUUUAAAUAUUAUUUUAACUGGAAAAAGUUAUAUGACUAAAAUAUACAAACACUAAGAACCGCUUAUGUAAUUGGACAUAUUUCUUUAUGCAUCAUACAUUGUAUCAAGUUAUGUGGAGCAUCUCAAUAUGUUAUUAAUUUGUCAAUAUCAUAAUAAUCAAGCUCAUAUACUAUUCACAUAGUCUAAGAUCAGGAGGAGGCGAAGAACAACAAUAUGAUUAAAUUGAGUAGAAAUUACACAAUAUUAUUAAA